AUAACCUUCGAUGUUACCAGCAGUACUUAAGACAACUGUUAGUGGUUAUAUAUAUAUCGCAGCGAGCAGCAGUACAGCUUGCCGAGUACAAUGAAGGUCGUUCUGCUGCUUGUUGUUGCCCUGGUCGCCGUGGCGCAUGCGCGCUACGGCCCUCGGGAGUCGCGUUACCAGCCCACGGAGGACAGCGAGCAGCCGUCAUCGGCAGAGAGGCGGCACAGUCCCGGAACAGUCCGGCGCCGCUCAGAAGACGACGGUUCCGCCUCGCCAGAAUCGCAGGAAAUGUCGUACACGGAGCUGCCGUGCCCAAGCAUUUGUCCACUUAUCUACGCACCCGUGUGUGUCGAAGACAGCAACCAAGACUUCUACUUGUUCGUGAAUGAGUGUGAGGUGCGAAAGUGCGGCUGUGAAGCAGGGUUCGUUUACACGUUUGUACCAAGGGAGAUGUGUAAAGCAACCACGUCACUUUGCCCAAUGCAAACGAAAUCUUCCCGGCGUUUGAAUCUAGAGGAAGACACUGAAACAGAAGACUCAUCCUCCAGCGAGUAACGUCCGAGUGGAUCUCCUGACGACAAGGAAUCUUCGAAAAGCAGAAAAAUAAUGAGUGUGCUUAGAGGUACCAAGAAAAUCCGACAGCAGAAGAAUUUACCUCAGGUACUAGCAACAAAACUACCUGAAUAACCUCAACGACUUUUCUGUUUCAUUGAUUCGACCACGAAAUACAAUAAAUCAAAUCAGCUGUUAUUUAAUACAACUUGUUAUUUACAUACAGUUUUCAGUCCUUCUUUAUCAUUUUCUUUUCCUGUAAUAGAUUGGCUCAAACCCAAAGGAAGCCCCAUGUCAUCUGGUGUUACAUUUUUGAUUACACAAUAAAUUUAUCUGCCAAUAGCAUCUGACACUGGAAAAUAAUAAAUGCACGUUAAUAACGUCAGUCACAUUCGGCCCAAUCAAGCUAUACAUUCAAAUCGCUGAUUUUCUUUCAUUAGGAUACAUGGUUUCAUUGACAACGUACUGCCAAAUUAAAAAUAAACCUGUUGGUUAUAAAUAUA